GACCUCACAGCUGGGAAUCACCACAGUAAAUGACAUCCUCUGCUAUUGGAUUUAAUCUGGACAUGCUUUCGUCUGCGUAGAGCACUUUUGGUCGUUAACAUUAAUCACGUGACUUUUGUACAGUCGAAUGCGACCACGUGAUUUAUCACUCAAAAUGUCCUCGCCCAGUUGUGUUGCUACAGCCGCCGCUAACUGCGAUAUCGUGACUCUCAAGCACCUAAUUUCCCAGGGAGAAGAUAUUAAUCAAAGAUCUACAGAUGGCAUAUCCCCUCUUGCCAUUGCCGCAUUUUGGGGAUAUGCAGAUGUUGUACAGAUUUUGUUAGAAAAUGGUGCCAAUUUCAACUCACAAAACAAAAACACACUGUGGACGCCACUGCAUUGUGCAGCAUUUCAAGGGCAUGGAAAGGUUAUUUUAAAACUGACCAAGUUUAACCCUGACUUUUACGCUCAAGACAGUAAAGGAAGGACACCUAUCGACUUCGCUUCAGCUCUGGACUCUAUUUGGCCUAUUUUUGCAGCUGAAGGAUACAAAAGAACACCAAAGUCUGAAUUAGUAAGGAUGGAUAUCAUCAAAAAGGUAGUGCCCAAAGACCCAUCAUUAGAAUACUCUAACUAUAACAGAUUGUCCAGUCGACCAGGAUCUGCGUACGAAAUGAACACACAGUCACUAACAGAAAGACAGCAUACAGAUUCCAAGAUGGAAUAUGCAUUCAUGAACGGAGAUGUAUUGGCUGCAGCUCCAGAUCCCCAAGUGAAGCAGUAUUAAAGACGUCAGCAGUGUGCAGAAAAACUGAUAGCAAAUUGGUCGUGCUAGCAGAUUAUCUACAUGUACAUCAUAUUCGAAUUCGUCCAGUGUAACAUUUGUUGCUCGAUUGAACAUGCAGAAUCAAAUUGUCAUGGUUUUGUUUGGGUGCUGCAAUUGUUUGUUGUUUUUACAAAUAUUUGUCCAAAAAAGUUUACUGCUUUUUACUGUAGUAAUUUUCAACAGCAACAGAAUGAGAUUUAUGGUAGUAGCAUUUAUAAAUUGUUAUUAUGUGUAUUUAUUAAAAGUUUUACAAUA